AGAACUCUUCUUUAACCAAGUUUCCUUGCGAAAAGCUCAUAGAGAAGAAUCUUUAGAACUUUGGAAACAUUCGUUUCCUGCUAAACUUGGGAUUAUUCCGUGCGAAUUUUCCUUGGCGAAUCUAUUUAGUUGUCAAGACCAGCAAGAUUCCAAACAUAUCCGUCAAAAAUCAAGGUGUUGCGUAUAUUUCUGUUGAUUAUAAUUCAGCUACGACUUGAGCGAUUCACGUAGCUACCUGGAACUGUGUUUGGAAAGACAUUGAUAUAGAGGGGCAAUUUUUUACCUAGAGAAAUCCAGGUUUGAAAGCAAGCAAAGGUACUUCUUCGAUUGAAUUAAAAGAUUUCUUAUUGUUUAAUACUCCUAUUUUUUGAAACUUUACUGGUUUAUUCUGAAUAUUCGGGUGGGCUUUUGUUAUUUAUCUAUCUCCAAAGUAGGCUGAAUUGGAUCCCUGCUGAUACGUUCAAACUGUUGACUUGCUUUUUUUUUCUUUGCGUUUAUUACUUGUUUGCAAGGGAUUUUUUUUUCUUCUUCCUCUUCAGCACUUUGUCUUGUCUCUUUCGAUUAGACUAAAUCAACUUUUUUUGUGUUGUCUUUUUUGUCUAAUAGCUAUUACUAUCUUCUUUUUGACAAACAAACGUAUUUUUCGGUUUAACAUCGUUUGAAUAUCUUCUUUAUUUUUAUAAUUCUUGAAAAAGAUUCGUUUUCUUCUCGUUGCUUGCUUGUUAUAUAUCAGACUUUCUCAUUCCCCGUUUACCACUUGGAAUUGGCUACUUUUAUUCGUUAACAAGUAAUUUUUUAUUUUGUUUGUAUACACGGUCUUUUUCAUUAGUCUCUUUUCUUGUUGUAAUCCUGCAUUGACGCUCUUUCCGCUGUCAAUUUGUAUUACUCUUUUCUGUUUUUAUUUUAUUUUAUUUUCUAUUAUUUUUUUUUGUUUAAAGAUCCUCUUUAUCUCUUGUUUUACAUUGUUGUUGAGAUAUCUUGUUAUUUAUUAACGGUUUGCAUUAAGUGAAAAUGACUGCGAAAUCUUCUUUUGGACAAAUGUGCUCGAAUUGUCAUAGCACGACAACCUCACUGUGGAGGCGUGGUCCGGAUAAUUCCUUACUUUGCAACGCUUGCGGUUUAUACCAGAAACACCGAAAUCAGGCCCGUCCUGUAAAAGCGGAAGAACACCAAAAAGAUGCGCCUCCCGUUGCCAAACAAAUUUGCACAAAUGGAACCUGUUCUGGAGACGGUUAUUGUGAUGGAACAGGUGGAAGCGCUUCUUGCACUGGUUGUCCUGCUUUGAAUAAUCGUUUGAAAAGUAUCAGUUCGAAAUCCAACAAGUUAGAUCGUUCUAGCAUGUCACCCAAGCCUGACUCUUCUGUUGUCAGUCGAGAAUCAGACGCCUCUGGUAGUGAGGAUGAACAAAGAUCCAAGUCCCCAGAAUCCGGAGCCUCGUUGAAAUCUGAAAGUAAUAAACGCCGUGCGAGUGAACAAUCGGAAGGACCAACCCUGGUUUCUGCUAGUGAAUUGGGGGCUACGUGCUGUCAGAAUUGUGGUACUACCAAUACACCUCUUUGGCGCAGAGACGAACUUGGUAAUCCAAUUUGCAAUGCAUGCGGUCUUUAUUACAAGAUUCAUGGCAUACACCGUCCGGUAACCAUGAAGAAAGCUAUUAUUAAGCGAAGAAAGCGUAUCGUCAUGCACAACAACCAUAAUGUGGCUUCACAGUCUUCUAAACAGGCUUCUAUGCAAGCCACCGAUGCACAUAAGCGCGUUAAAAGCUCACCACCAAAAGAAACCUUAAUGACCAAGCCCAAGAAUGGCGAUAAAUCCCACAAUAUCCAUAGAGUAUCCGAUAAACCCGUUGAUUAUGGUUCCCCUGCUAAUCCUUUACUCAACCCUGCUAGCUCCUUCCAUCAUCCCGCUUAUCCGAUUAACGGGUACAGUGGAAUGUUGCCUCCUGUAGUUAAUUCCUCACCUUUAUUGACGCUCUCAAGACUUGCUGCAGGUGAGCCCGAGACGAAUAGCCAAUAUUUCUAUCCUUACAACAAAGUUCCGGAAGCUGCUCACACUCUGGGUGUCCAACCUGAGACGCAGGCCGAUAGUUCAGUCAACUUGACUAAUAAUGUUGUCAAUAGAAUGAACGGCGAAAUUCCUCAUAAUGCUCGACCAGUUUAUUCCGUCCCGCUCCCUCCCCUAAAUGUUAGUCCUUCUAAUAAAUCUACGGGUUCACCGUUGUCCGUCGGCGAGGUGAACGUGAAAGAACCCGUUAAACAGGAAAGCAAUGUUCUAAACAAGAAAUGGCAUCUUCCUCCAAUUCUUCCCGUUGGUGAAUCCGUUAACUUACCUAGUCGUGAGCAGAAAAAACCAAAAAUAGCAGAAGGUAUUGCUUCAUUGCUAAAUCCUGAAGAACCUUCAGGUUCUUCUACUUCCAAAGACACUGAAGUUAUGAGCGAUAAGCUUAAAAAAUCUAAUUCGCAAACUAACCUAGCUUCCAAUCCUUUAAUUAUGAAUGCACCUCCUUCACCAUUACAAUUUCCUCCGGAAUUACAAGGAUCUACUAUUGACCAAAGACAGUAUGCCUUGAAUGUGCUUUCCGAGCUUCGUUCCAAACAUGAUACUAUGGUACAGGAACUGUCUAACAUAAAUUAUAAUAUGGUAAAAAUUGACACGUGGUUACGCUCUUCUAGUGUGAAUGAAUUGGUUACGAAUAGCACGCCAGUCGCGAAUCCUUCCGUAAACUCUGGUGUAUUACAGACCUAAAGCACAUCGGCUGGAUUAAAUGUUCGCUUUGGCAUUUUUAUAUGUAUAGUAAAAACAACGGAUUUCUGUUUACAAUGCUUUUUGUCCCAUAUAUUGAGGUUGCAAAACAUAAUACUUUUGGCUAUGGUUUUUUAAUAUUUGUUAAUACUUUUAAUAUUACGAACUUAACGGGUUAAUCAUCUUCUUCGACUUAGUAGAGAAGUAACU